CAUGCGCGCUGCCGGAGGACUGCUUCGCAGACUGCAAUAUGGCGAGCAUGCCUGCCAGCGGAGACACGGAGCAGGAGCAGAUGAGCUGCCCCGAGAGGAGCAGGGAAGAGGAAUAUGAGGAGGAAGAUAAAGAUGAGAUACAGGAGGUCCAGAUCACCGGGGAUGAAGAGGACGAGGAUUCCGACAGAGAUGGUGUGGAGCUGGAGUGGGAGUCUGGGGACACAGUGCUGCUGGACUCCAGCGGUUCUAGCGCGGAGAUACAGGCAGUCGUUAUGCGGAGUAUGGACCGAGGAGAGGAGGAGGGGGAGGCGGACCCUUUCAGCAGCAGCAUGCCCGCUGGGCUGGAGGCUCACCUAGAGGGAGACAUUCAGCGGACAGAGCGGAACAGGCUGAGUGAGAACACGCGUCUGGCCACCCGGUAUGCGGUGAGGAUCUUUCGGGAUUACCUGAGUGAGAAAGCCCAAAGUCCAGACUUUGAAACUCUGGAUAAGGAGUCGCUGUGCGCGGUUCUGCGCUCCUUUUACGCGGGGGCGCGCUCCAAAAGUGGACAGUUGUACAGCAAGUCGUCCCUCAUCAGCAUCCGGAGCUCCCUGAACCGGUACCUGAACGAGCCACCCUACUGCCGCACAUUGGACCUCACCAAGGACCCCGAGCUGCGCAGCGCCAACCUGACCCUGGCCGCGGUCAUCCGGCGGCUGGAGGAGCAGGGCGCCGGUCCCGUGGUGCAGAAACAAGCCAUCACGCGAUCGGACCUGCGGAAACUGUACGACUCCUCCGUGUUCAACACCGACACACCUUUCGGGCUGCUCAACAAAGUCUGGUUCGAGACCUGCAUGUAUUUCUGCACCCGGGGCCGGGAGAACCAGCGGGAGUUGGAGGAGGACUCGUUCGGUCUGGCGGUGGAUGAGGACGGGAGGAAGUUUGUGUAUUUUAAAGCUCUCGGGCCGUACCACAAGUCCCGCUCCGCCGCCUGGACCAGGAAGCGUCCGGACUCAGACGAGGACACUCUGCCCCGGAUGUACGAGACCGGCUCGGAGCAGUGUCCGUACGCCAGCUUCGUCCGGUACGUGUCUAAACGGAACCCGCUGUGCAGGGCGUACUUCCAGCGGCCCCGGGACCACUGCUGCGCGAGCGACAUGACGUGGUAUGAGAACAAAGCUAUCGGUAAGAACUUGUUGGGCACAAGGAUGCAGAUGAUGUCGCGCGCCGCCAAGCUCUCAAAGACCUACACCAACCACUGCAUCGGCGCCGUCUCCAUAGCAACGCUGAACAGCAUCGUUGGCGCCACGAGCUCCAGGCCGACGACGACGCUUUACGUUGCCUCGGAAACGGUCAACGGUCACGCGCAGUCCGACAUCCAGCUCGUGAUCCCGUACCUCCGCCUGGUGACUGACGGUGAAGAUGUGAAGCCGCUUAGUGGGGCAGGUGCAACGAUAAACACAUCAAACACGAUGGAUAGGGUCCGCGAGGAGGACUCGGGGGCUCCACACGCCAAGAGGCUGUGCGUGCGCCCCGGGACACGUGCGGAGACGCCGAUGGAGAGGAAUGAGAGCAAGUCGGAUUCCCUUGAUCCUCCGCAGCCCGGUGCGCGGUCCCCCUCGGCGCCCACACAGGACAGCCGUGGCAGCAGCAGCAGCAGCAGUGUGUGCAGUCAGCAGCGGCUCUCUGUGUCUCCUCUUGGCUCAGCCGGCAUCCCCACAGCAGCCCAGCUCACCAAAACAAACGCACCUGUCCACAUCGAUGUGGGGGGACACAUGUACACCAGCAGCCUGGCCACCCUUACAAAGUACCCUGGGUCACGGAUCGGGCGUCUGUUUGAUGGCACGGAGCCCAUAGUGUUGGACAGUCUGAAGCAGCACUACUUCAUCGACCGGGACGGCCCCAUGUUCCGCUUCAUCCUCAACUUCCUCCGGACCGCAAAACUCUUCAUCCCUGAUGACUUCAAAGAAUACUCACUGCUGUAUGAAGAGGCCAGCUUCUUCCAGCUGACUCCUCUGCAGGCUGCUCUGGAGCGCUGGAGGAUGGAGCAGGACUGUGCAGGUGUGUCCCCGCAGUGUGAGUGUGUGGUGAUUCAUGUGGCUCCAGAGCUCGGUGAGAGGAUCAGCGUGAGUGCCCGCCGGGCCACCAUCGAAGAGGUCUUUCCUGAAGUCAGAGACGCCAUGUCCAGUUCCGGAAACACCAGCUGGAGCCAGGAGUCCACACACAUCGCUCGCUUCCCACUCAACGGAUACUGCCAACUCAACUCUGUCCAGGUGUUGGAGCGGUUGCAGCAGAGAGGGUUCUGGAUCACAGGGUCAUGUGGCGGUGGAGUGGACUCAUCCCAGUUUAGUGAAUACAUUCUACGGAGGGAGGGCCAAGGGAGCCGACGCCCCCCCAACCUCAUACAAAUAAAACAUGAACUCACAGACUGAGUAAGAAACUCCAGCAACUGUUUAUCACAGCAAGAGCCGAUUCACUUCAGCAUGACAGAAAAAAAAACACUCUGAAAACAGGCUGUAUGGGUGACUGAGAUGCAAGUCUUUUUUGAUACUACUUAGCACAUGAAUUAGACGGUAGUAUUAUUACAGUAUAAAAUAGAUUCAUCGGUGCAGGGGAACAGGGGGAAAGGUGACGUAUAGCAUUAGCAUUUAUAUUGAAAUGAAAUGGAGGCUAGCACUGUAGAUUAUAUAUUUGAUGUCAUUUUAUAUUGUGAUAUAGUAUAUUUCCAGGGAAUCAAAUUGAAAAAACAUUGAUAGAUAACAAUGAGAGGCUCAUGACUGUUUUUGUUUUAUCCAUCAAAUAAAUACCUGAAAAUCAGGGCACUUCAUCACAUUGAUGCAAAAAACAUGUACAUUGGUCCUGCUAUAGAACAGUCCUGCUCAGAGAUUUAGACAUCGCCCACAUUUUCCCCAGCAGUUGUUAAAGAUAGACCUAUCAAGUUCAAAAUAGAAAGUACAGUAUGUAUAUUAACUGUGAUUUGGACCAAACCUAUUCCUAUUGUCCAUGGUCUCAGACCACGUGCUGAACACACAUGCACUUUCACAUCAUGCUUAUGUUUACAGCAUGAUGAAAAAAUACACUCUUUGGAAAUGACUGGUGGCUACAGCUCAUCAAAUUAGUGCAUGUUUUUUUAGGGCUUAUAACGCAUUAAAGAGGCCCGCUUAUUUUUCCGGUUCCCUGCCGAAACGCCUAGAUUUGACUCGUUUAUUUCCGUAUUAUAAUGACAUCACUAAGAUACUCCCGUCUCUAUUGGCUAGUGCUCUAACACACUGUACAUGGUAAGCUAAAGGGCUGGAUGUUUUCGAAACAUCUCUAAGCGGUUGACCAAUCACAAGAGAGCUGGCCAGUUAACCAAUCAGAGCAGGCUGGGCUCUGGUUUCAGACAGAGGGUGAAAAGAGGUGCUGCAGCACAGGCAGUAUGAGAAAAAUAAAGCGCUUUUUGAACGUUGAAGCAUCG